AUGGUAUUGUUUGCAGCAAGUAUAGUGUGUGAUGGUGGGAUCGAGAAGAUUGGGGUAGUAAGUGAGUUCCCAGAGGCAUUUUCAGAAGAAAUGACUGGAUUACCUCCUGAAAGGGAAGUCGACUUCUCAAUUGACUUGGUUCCUGGAACCGAACCAAUAUCAAAGGCUCCUUAUAGAAUGUCACCGUCUGAAUUGGCUAAGCUAAAGAAGCAGAUUGAAGAUUUAUUAGAGGAGAGAUUCAUCAGACUAAGUGUAUCAACUUGGAGAUCACUGAAGGAAUUGAGAAUGGCACAACUAAAAGAUGAAAGUCUUUUGAAGAUUAGAGAAGAGAUUGAAGUGGAUCAAGCUAUUGAGUUUGGAUUCAAUGAUGAUGGUUUUAUGGUUUAUCGAGAUAGAAUUUGUUUUCCUGAAGAUGUAGAUUUGACAAAAGUUAUCUUGAAUGAGGCUCACUAUAGUAAAUACACGAUCCAUCCUGGAGCUACAAAGAUGUACCGAGAUGUGAAACGAUAUUGGUGGUGGCUUGGUAUGAAGAAAGAUGUAAUGGAGUUCAUGACUUGGUGUUUGACCUGUCAAAAAGUGAAGAUAGAGCACUAA